UGCGGGUGCCGCGGCAAGAUGGCGGCGGAGCGGUCUGAGGCGGCGGCCGCGGCCGUGGUUGGUGGUGGGGCCGCGGUAUCCGGUAACGGGGCCGAGGGGUCCCCGUACGGGAGCUGGGCCCCGGCUGAGCUCCAGGCCACGCUGGCCGGGAUCGGAGCCCCCGCGCAGGGUACCCGGGAGGAGCUGGUGGAGCGGCUGCAGGCCUACACCAUGCAGACAGGGAUUGUGCUGAGCCGCCCCGUGCUGCGCCCUGAGGAGGGGGACAAAGCUGCACAGCUGCCUGGGCUGCCCCUGCAGCACCCAUUGGUGCCCCCCCCCCCCGCCGGGGGGUGCCCCCCCCCCCACCUCCGCCCCCCCCCGGCCUGCGGGGGGGGGGAGGGGCUCUCGGAGGAGGAGCGGCUGACGCUGGCCCAGCAGCAGGCGGCUCUGCUGCUGCAGGAGGAGCGCGCACAGCAGGGCCAGCACCCAUUUGGAGACAAAGCAAAGGAGCAGGAGCUGCUGGAGCAGCAGAAGCGGGCCGCAGUGCUGCUGGAGCAGGAACGGCAGCAGGAGAUGGCCAAGAUGGCCCCCGCCGUGCCCCGCCCCCCCCCCGAUGUGACACCCAUGGGUGCUCGGGCCUCGCUGCCCCCCCGAGGUGGGUGUCAACACCCCCCAUCAGUGGGGGGGGGGGGACCCACACCCCCUCAAUGGGUGCUCUCUGUCACCCCUAUGGGUGCCCCCAUCCCUGGGGUGCCCAUGGGGGCAUCCCGGCCACGUGGCCCCCCCCCCCCGCCUGGUGAGGAGAGCCGAGAGCCCGAUGACCCAGGUGUGGGUCCCAAGAUCCCCCAGGCCCUGGAGAAGAUCCUGCAGCUGAAGGAGAUCCGGCAGGAAGAGCUCAUCACGGUGCCAGGGCUCUCCGCUGAGGAUGAGAUGGAGACAGAGCCUCGAGCAGCAGCUACAGCCUCAGAGGCAGAGGAGGACACGGGGCUGUCCAAGAAGGAGCGCAACCGCAAGCGCCGCAACCGCAAGAAGAAGAAGCGAGGCCGAGGCCGGGAGGCCGGGGGAGGCUCUGCCCCCCCAUCCUCAGCCUCCCCCCCCACCCCGGACCCCCCCAGCACCGCAGUGGAGAUCGAGUAUGUGACUGAGGAGCCUGAGAUCUAUGACCCCAACUUCGUGUUCUUCAAGAGGAUCUUCGAGGCCUUCAAGCUGACGGAUGAUGUGAAGAAGGACAAGGAGAAGGAGCCGGAUAAAGCAGAACGGCCUGAGAGCAGCUCCCUGCCCAAGAAGAAAGGGGGGGAGGACGGGCGCAAGGGCAGCGAGGAUGACAGCUCUGAGGAUGAGCAGGAGAAGAAGCCUGAGGUGCCCAAGCUCUCCAAGAAGAAGCUGCGGCGCAUGAACCGCUUCACUGUGGCCGAGCUGAAGCAGCUGGUGGCGCGUCCGGACGUGGUUGAGAUGCACGACGUGACCGCUCAGGACCCCAAGCUCCUGGUGCACCUCAAGGCCACGCGGAACUCGGUGCCGGUGCCGCGGCACUGGUGCUUCAAGCGCAAGUACCUGCAGGGCAAGCGCGGCAUCGAGAAGCCUCCGUUCGAGCUGCCUGACUUCAUCAAGCGCACGGGCAUCCAGGAGAUGCGCGAGGCCCUGCAGGAGAAGGAGGAGCAGAAGACAAUGAAGUCCAAGAUGAGGGAGAAGGUGAGGCCGAAGAUGGGCAAGAUCGACAUCGACUACCAGAAGCUGCACGAUGCCUUCUUCAAGUGGCAAACCAAGCCCAAGCUCACCAUCCAUGGGGACCUCUACUACGAGGGGAAGGAGUUUGAGACGCGGCUCAAGGAGAAGAAGCCUGGAGACCUCUCGGAUGAGCUGCGCAUUGCCCUGGGCAUGCCCGUGGGGCCGAAUGCACACAAGGUGCCCCCCCCAUGGCUGAUCGCCAUGCAGCGCUAUGGCCCCCCCCCCUCCUACCCCAAUCUCAAGAUCCCAGGGCUCAAUUCACCCAUCCCCGAGGGCUGCUCCUUUGGGUACCACGCUGGGGGCUGGGGGAAGCCUCCUGUGGAUGAGACAGGGAAGCCUCUAUAUGGGGACGUGUUCGGGACCAACGCGGCCGAGUUCCAGACAAAGGAGGAGGAGGAGGAGAUUGACCGCACCCCAUGGGGGGAGCUGGAGCCUUCGGAUGAGGAGUCCUCGGAGGAAGAGGAGGAGGAGGAGAGUGAUGAAGAGAAACCGGAUGAGACCGGAUUCAUCACCCCCGCGGACAGCGGCCUCAUCACCCCCGGGGGGUUCUCGUCGGUACCGGCCGGGAUGGAGACCCCAGAGCUCAUUGAGCUGCGCAAGAAGAAGAUCGAGGAAGCCAUGGAUGGCAGUGAGACCCCCCAGCUCUUCACUGUGGUCCCCGAGAAGCGCACGGCCACUGUGGGCACAGCCAUGAUGGGCUCGACCCACAUCUAUGACAUGUCUGCAGUUCUGGGGCGCAAGGGCCCCGUGGCUGAGGCGCAGGGGGUGGAGGUGGCUCUGGCCCCCGAGGAGCUGGAGCUGGACCCCACAGCCAUGACCCAGAAGUAUGAGGAGCACGUGCGGGAGCAGCAGGCGCAGGUGGAGAAGGAGGAUUUCAGUGACAUGGUGGCCGAGCACGCGGCCAAGCAGAAGCAGAAGAAGAGGAAGGCUCAGCCCCAGGACACCCGAGGUGGGGGCAAGAAGUACAAGGAGUUCAAGUUCUAGAGGUGGUGGAACCCCCCCUGGACCCCCCCCAUGGCUGUCACCCAUUGGGGUCAAUGGGGUGGCCCCAUUCCUUGUCCCGAUCCCAUGAUCCUUGUUCCUAUGGUUUUGUAAAUAAAAGGGGGUGUCCGUCCCCCCCCAACACCCUCA